GUGGACGAAGCCAAAAAUCUGAUAUGUGAGCUGUGUCGUUUGUUUUACGACCAAGGAUGGGUCUCUGGUACCGGCGGCGGCAUCUCUGUCAAGGCUGGCGGUGAAAUUGUCAUGGCGCCGUCGGGUGUGCAAAAGGAACGUAUGCAGCCUGACGACAUGUUCGUGCUGGACAGCAAAGGGGAGGUCAUCUACACGCCAGUAACGAAGCCACCUCCAAACAGGCCGCCAAAGCUAAGCGAGUGCUCCCCGCUGUUCAUGGCGGCCUAUGAACUGCGUAACGCGGGGGCGGUGAUCCAUAGCCACUCCAUGAACGCCGUGCUGGCCACCAUGCUGGACCCGGAGGCGUCCGAGUUCGUCAUCACACACGUGGAGAUGAUCAAGGGAAUUGAGGGCCAUGGCUUCUACGGCAAGUGCAUUGUGCCCGUCAUCGAAAACACCGCUCGUGAGUGCGAGCUGACGGACCGGCUGCGUCAGGCCAUUGCGGACUACCCGCAGGCGAACGCGGUGCUAGUGCGCAGACACGGUGUGUACGUGUGGGGUAAGGACUGGAUACAGGCCAAGACGCAGGCGGAGUGCUAUGAUUACCUGUUCGAGGCGGCCGUGCGAAUGAACGCCAUGGGGCUGGACUACCGCCGCCCUCCGGCCCCCAUUAUUGCCAACGGCAACGGGGCGGCGGCAACUACAAACGGUACCGUGGACCGUCAGGUGCACAAGAAGCUCAAGGUCAAGCACAGUGCAGCCCUACCGACCUGCAUCGUGCUCGACAUCGAGGGCACGGUAGCGCCCAUCAGCUUCGUGGCUGACGUCAUGUUUCCGUACGCUAAGCAGCACUGCCGGGCCUUUCUGGAGGGGUCCGUUGACUCAGCGGAGACGCAAGCGGACAUCCAGCUCAUCAGGGAGCAGGCGGCCGCUGACGUGGCGGCGGGUCUCGCAGGCGUGUGCGAGAUACCACCAGCGGGUGCAGAUAAGGCUGAAGUGGUGGAUGCCGUGGUCGACUGGGUGGAAGCGGCGAUAGCAGCGGACCGCAAGGUGACGGCGCUGAAGACGCUGCAGGGACACAUCUGGAGGUCUGGAUUCGAGUCUGGCGCCAUGCGGUCCGAGCUGUUCCGUGAUGUGCCAGACGCGCUGGUGGAGUGGCGCUCGGCGGGCAUUAAGACCUACAUCUAUUCAUCGGGCAGCCGCGAGGCGCAGCGCCUGUUCUUUGGCUUCUCGCAGGUUGGUGAUCUGCGGCCCUACCUGUGCGGCUUCUUCGAUACUACAUCGGGCGCCAAGAUAGAGUCGUCCAGCUACAAUAACAUUGCGUUGGCACUGGGCACCGACUCGCCUGCAGACAUCCUGUUUGCCACUGAUAGCUUGGCAGAGGCUCAGGCGGCCAGUGCGGCGGGCUGGAAGGCGGUGCUGGUGGUGCGGGCGGGCAACAAGCCACUGCCCGAUGGGCAUGGAUUCCGGGUUAUUUCGAAUAUGCAGGAGCUC